AUGACAGACCUCGACCUCGACUCGUCAUUCAUCCCCGCAUUGCACAAGCCACCAUCCUUGCUUCCCAUAGCAAAAUACCGCGAAAGUUUACUUUAUGUCGUAGAGAAGUUCCCGGUUACCAUCGUCAUAGGCCAGACCGGCUCUGGCAAAAGCACACAGAUUCCCCAGUUCCUCGAACGCGCUGGAUGGUGUUCAGAUGGAAAGAUCAUAGGAAUAACACAACCGCGCCGGGUGGCCGCCACAACGGUUGCUCUACGAGUGGCUGAUGAGGUGGGAUGUGAAGUCGGCCAAGAGGUUGGAUACUCGAUUCGCUUUGAAGAUGUCACCUCGUCUUCAACUCGGAUAAAGUUCCUGACCGAUGCUCUGCUUAUCCGGGAAGCACUGACUGAUCCCCUGCUGAGGCGAUACUCUGUCAUUAUGGUGGAUGAGGCUCACGAGCGAUCCAUCAGUACCGAUAUCUUGCUUGGUUUGUUGAAGAAGAUUCGAAGGAAGCGUCCCGAGCUUCGCAUUAUCGUCAGCAGUGCAACGCUCCAAGCUGAGCAGUUUCUUAAAUUCUUCACAGCAAGCUCUGACCAGGAAGCAAAAAAGCAAGAAGACGGACAGCCGCCACAGGAGAUUGCUACCAUUGUUAGCCUAGAGGGACGAACAUAUCCUAUUGAUGUUCUAUAUCUCGAGGCGCCAGCAGAAAACUAUGUCGAGAAGGCAGUCAAUACUGUUUUUGAUAUUCACACCCAAGAAGGCGAGGGAGAUAUCUUAGUCUUCUUGACGGGUCGCGAGGAGAUUGACAAUGCGAUUCAAGCCGUAGCUGAGAGAGCCAUGCAGUUGGAAAGCCAGCACGGCCCAUUACAGCCAUUGCCGCUCUAUGCCGGACUCUCGACAGAGCAGCAGAUGUUUGUGUUUGACAAAGCACCUGAAGGAACACGAAAGGUGGUCUUUUCAACAAACAUAGCAGAGGCUUCAGUCACAAUUGACGGCAUAGUCCAUGUCAUUGAUUGCGGCUUUGUCAAGCUGAGAGCUUAUAAUCCCAAGACAGGCAUAGACACAUUGACAACCACGCCCAUAUCCAAAGCAUCUGCCUCUCAACGCGCCGGUCGUGCUGGCCGUACCAAAGCCGGAAAAUGCUAUCGACUCUACAACGAAGCCGCCUACCAGGCGUUACCGGAAACGAACCCUCCAGAGAUACAAAGGUCGAACCUUGCAUCAACCGUUCUCCAAUUGAAAGCCCUGGGUAUCGACAAUGUGGUUCGAUUUGAUUUCCUUUCCUCACCACCGUCGGAACUCAUGUCAAAGGCACUCGAACUACUGUACUCAUUGGGAGCUUUAGAUGAGUAUGCAAAGCUAACACAUCCGCUUGGGUCUCGUAUGGCAGAACUAGCAGUCGAGCCGAUGAUGGCAAAGACACUGUUAUCAGCACCGCAGUUCAACUGCCUAAGCGAAAUGUUGACUAUUGCUGCCAUGACAAGCCUAGGGGGGAACAUAUGGUUCUACCAUGACGGCGAGCGACACAAGAUGGAGUCUUCACGGCGUAAGUUUGCUGUAGAAGAAGGUGAUCAUCUGACGUUGCUCAAUGUCUACCAGACGUUCAUCACGAAGGGAAAAAAAGAGGCUAAAUUUUGCCAUGAGCAUAACCUCAAUUACAAAUCCUUGACUCGGGCAGUCAGUAUCCGAGCCCAGCUCAAGCGCUACCUCGAACGAUUCCACAUUAACGUUGACGAGACGCUAUCGUCCAAACAACAGUCGUCCUCGAAUGUGGAUAAAAGCAACAAGGCAGAACAAAUUAGACGCUGCCUCACUUCUGGCUACUUUGCCCAUACAGCACGAAUGCAGCCGGAUGGAACUUAUCGAAACGUCGAGGGCGGCACUAUCCUGCACGCACACCCUAAUUCGCUAAUGUUUAAUCGCAAAGCUGACUGGGUCAUUUUCUAUGAGAUAAUGGAAACGGGAGACAAGACGUAUAUUCGCGACAUUACGAAAAUUGAGAAGAAUUGGUUAGUUGAGUAUGCGCCUGAGUUUUAUAAACUUUCAAACUCUCGAGGCUAG